AUGUGGAUCGACCAAUACUUCGGCGCAGAGAUUGCAGAAUUAAACGAACAACCGGUUGGCCAAGAACGCUCAGCCCUUAGUGCCGUCCAGUCAGAUUUGAACACAUUAAGGAACAAGAACUCGGACCUAGUUGAGCAUUUAAAGCAAUCUCAAUCGAGGAUAAUCGCAGCAAUACAUUUGUUCGACCCUACUCACGUUUUGAUUCCUUUCGAUUCAAAUUACUUUAAACGGAAAAUCAAAUUUCUGUUCUCGUGUCCGAGCCGAGCCAAAUCUGAUAAACAAACUCCGGAUGCUGUAACUAUCGACGAAAAUGAGGUAAAGUAUCUUUUCAAUCGCCGGAUUUAAACAGUUUCAAAUCAAAAAACGGCUAUGACAUAACUUAUGUAUCUUUCUCCGCAAUUUAAUCAUAAAAAUGUAAAACCUUUUAUUAGUGUAAUUUUUUAAAAUUGUUUAACUUUAGAUUGAGACAGCACAGAAUCAAGCGAAGAAGCCUACAGAUCGACCAACCUCGAAAGCUGAACUUUUUAUCCCAAGGCUGGAAGUCCCAUGUUCAGAAAAAGCUCACAUCAAGCCUGCUCCCCUAUCGAAUUCAGAAACGAACAGACCAAUAGAUACAAGCAAUAUGUCGCACAAAGAUGAGACUUUGUAUGAUGUUGGCAGUAUCGACAGCGAUAAUAGUCAAUCAGAAGUAAAGCCAAACGAAGACGAUUACUCGGUUCGUUACAAGAAACAUUGA